AUGGAUCGUUUAAGAUAUUCAGUUGGUUUAGUAGCAAAGCACUUAGAUGUACAAAUAGCACAACUGGUUACACCAGAAUUUAGCAAUGGACUACCGGACUGUUUAAUUGGUAAUCCACAGCGUGAAGUCAAUAUGGGUGUUAAAGGAUUACAACUGUGCGGUAAUUCAAUCAUGCCCUAUUUAUUAUUUUAUGGUCAAUCGAUUGCUGAUAAAUAUGCAACACAUGCUGAACAAUACAAUCAAAACAUAAAUUCACUUGGACAAACAUCAGCUAACUUAGCACGACAUUCCGUCUCAGUUAUGAAGCAACAUUUGGCUACAGCAUUAUUAAUAUGCGUACAAGGUGUAGAUUUGAGAAGUAAAUUAAUACAAAAUACGUACGACCCAAGAAAUCUCCUAUCCGAACAAACUCGUCAGAUAUAUCAAGCGAUACGUGAUCUGAUUCAAGUACCAAUUCGUCAAGAUAAACCUUAUAUAUGGAAUGAUAACGAACAAUCAUUGGACGAGCAUAUUGCCAUUACGGCUCAAAAUUUAACUAAUGAAGGCUCAUCAUUAUUUAAAGCAAUCCAACCAACAUUCAGACAAUUAAUUGAUGAUAGACAUUCUCAUUAA